AUAAUGUUGUGUGUGCUUACAUUUCUCGCAUUCCUGACUGGCUCGUUAUGUGACGACUCAGAUGGCGGUGUGGCAUUCAGGAUCCCAUUGAACGAUGGUAACGCUAUACCGGCUUUGGGAUUCGGCACCUUCCUAGGUUUGGACGAGAAUGGAAUGAGACCACCCGGGGAUCAUGAAGCUGAGUAUCCUGUUAAAUGGGCUUUAGAAGCUGGAUACAGACUCCUGGACACAGCAGUAACCUACCAAACGGAAGGUCAGGUCGGCAGCGCAUGGAGAGCUUCUGGCAUACCUAGGGAAGACGUGUUCAUCGUUACUAAGCUUUCGACCUCAGAAUCCAGAAAUGUGGUGGCAUCUCUCAGAGGCUCGCUGGCUCGACUCAACAUGUCCUAUGUGGACCUCUACCUCAUACACAGCACUAUUACUAUAAAGCCAGAUUACACCGGCUAUGAUAUCAUAGACUACCUGGACACGUGGAAAGGCAUGGAAGAAGUGAAGAGGCUAGGUCUAGCCCGGUCUAUUGGCAUAUCCAACUUUAACGUCAGUCAGAUCCAGCGGCUACUGGCUAACUGUGAGAUUAAACCCACUGUUUUGCAGGUCGAGGUAAAUUUGAACCUCGCUCAAAAUAAACUGGUAGACUAUUGCAAGAGUCAGGAUAUAGUGGUGAUGGCGUACGCUCCGUUCGGUUCCCUGUUCAGCAGGGACCCCCCGCCAAGACCCCCAGCCCCUAGGUACAACGACCCCAUAUUGGUGGAAAUGGCCAAUAAACAUAAUAAGACCACCCCACAAAUUGUACUGAGAUAUUUGGUACAAAGAGGUCUAGUCCCUAUACCGAAGUCAGUAAAAAGACCCAGGAUACAACAGAACAUACAGAUAUUUGACUUCCAACUAACUGAGGAAGAAAUACAGACUUUGAGUGAAUUCAACAGGGACUAUAGAAUAUUCUUCCCAACAUUCUGGCAAAAUCACCCGUACUAUCCAUUUGAAAGAGUGGACAAACCUGGACCCAGCUUCUUCAAGGGUCAAGGAUAUUAAAAAUAUAAUGAACAUUCUUCAUAUAAGUCAGGGGUGGCCAACUUGAUUAGACCUAAGAUCGACUGUUUACUAGCGAAAUCCUGUGCGAUCUGCCAAGUACAAACUUCUUGAAAUUAAACUGCGUAGUUUAGUACACAAUCAUGUAUUUUUUAUUGACCAGUCUUAGUGGUUUCUUUUAAUAUCACAUGUGAGAUCGUUUUCUUAAAUUUACUUAACAUUAUAUGGGUCCUAUAUAUUAGUGUGAGCAUUUUCCACUAGUUUAGCAUAAUCUAGUUUGUAGAUAGUAGUUGAUAAUUGUUAAAACGUUGCGCAUUGCGCAGUCUGGUCUAUUUAUUUAUAUAUUUUGUCUGGCCACGAUCGACUAAACUAACAGUCGCGAUCGACCGGUUGGCCACCCCUGAUAUAAGUUGUCUGUAUGACUUGUUGUAUGUAUGUGAGUUUGAGCAUAUAGUUUAAAUGAACAGAUUGAUUAAUGUGAUCAUGUAUCAUCAAUUGGGUAGUCUUUAAGUUAUCAAUAUUAAAAAUGUAAUUAGUCCGUCAGUAAAACAGUGAAAAAAUAUUAGACACGUAUUUUUUUUAUUUUCUCGUAUUAAGUUGCAAUAAUUAGAUAAAAUGGUAAGUUUAAAAGUGGGAUGUCGUUACGUCAUAACGUGCUACAAAAUGUGGCACGCUGUGACGUCACACGAUAUUUCAAAUUAAUAUAU